UUGACUUGUCGUGACGUUUCAUUUGUGCGACAGAAGAAGUUGAGAGCAUCAUCUGGUUAAAUUGUUAUGGUGAAGUAACCGGAGGGUAGUAACAAGUAAACAAAGAUGCCGAAGGUGGUAUCCCGUUCCGUUGUUUGCUCUGACAGGGAUCGAGAGGAGUAUGAUGAUGGGGAGAAGCCUCUGCACGUCUACUACUGCCUCUGUGGACAGAUGGUACUGGUGUUGGAUUGCCAGCUAGAGAAGCUUCCCAUGAGACCAAAGGACAGAGCACGAGUCAUUGAUGCAGUCAAACAUGCUCAUAAGUUCUGCAAUGUGGAAGAAGAAGAAACUGCUUAUUUAAGAAGAGCAGAAGGUAUUGAACGCCAGUUCAGAAAGAAGUGUGGAAAAUGUGGUUUAUUGCUCUUCUAUCAACACCUCCAGAAGAAUGCCCCAGUCACAUUUAUUGUAGAUGGUGCUGUAGUAAAAUUUGGUCAAGGAUUUGGAAACACAAAUAUUUAUAGUCAAAAGCAAGAUCCUCCUAAAAAGGUUAUGAUGACAAAACGAACAAAGGACAUGGGCAAAUUCAGCUCUGUCACUGUGUCAACCAUUGAUGAGGAGGAGGAAGAAAUUGAAGCGAGAGAAAUUGCUGACUCAUAUGCUCAGAAUGCUAAAGUGAUAGAAAAACAACUGGAACGCAAAGGAAUGAGUAAGAGACGACUUCAGGAGCUGGCGGAACUGGAAGCUAAGAAAGCAAAGAUGAAAGGCACACUGAUCGACAACCAGUUCAAUGAACAGGAACACCCUUGGUAUGUGUGUACUUGUGGUGGAUUUUAGACCCAGACAACUUUGUUCCAGUGAAUACACUUCCUGCAAGUCAGCUAGUUAUUGUAACAUCAGCUGUGACCAUUUGCAGUGCACAAGACGGAGAUUUUCCAAAUAAAAUUAGCAUGUCUGUCUGAAAUCACAAAGUACAACUGUGAUAUUACCAAUUAAGCACAGUUUGAAAAUAUUUCUGGUUAGGUAACUUUUUAAAAAUGCCUUAUUUCAUACAAAGGAUGAAUAUUAAGGAAUAACUUUAUUUAAACGAUUUGAUGUAGUCACUGUUAAGAAAGUGACUCAAAGAACAAGGGUAUCUGUUCUACCAAAUGUGAAAGUGGAUAUUUUUUUUCUCCAUAUUUUUAAAUAAGUUGUGAAGUCUUGGAGACAUAAUUAAGGCAUGUUUUUCCACCAGUAUUUAUUGUUGUAACAGAAUUACUGAUUUGUAGCCAUCCUUGCUUCAACAUAUUUAGAAUUUUCCUUUUUGAGAUUGUUUGUCAGCACUGGUUUAAAAUUAAAUGUACUUUGGAGCUUUAAUUUUAGCACAAAGUAAAAUUAAAUGUGUAAAGAUUAAAGCAAGUAAGACCCAGUGUAUGCUGUUUGAUUUGCAAACCCCUUCAUUUGUUUUAGUCACAGGGAACAAAACUUUAUUUUUUAAAAAGAAGUUGUUACAGAAAGUAUUUUUGAAAAUUUCCAGUUGUAAGUAUUUAUUGUAUGCUGUAAUGCAUUGAGAUGCAGAGAAUAUAUCCCCAAUUUCCUAUAAUGUGCAUAGACUUGAGUCUUAAUGAUGUUGUAUCCCUUAAAAUACAGUGCUCAGGCCUUGGGUACAGCAUAAAAGAGAAAGCAUUUGAAAAUUGCAAGUUUUAGUUUUCAAAGCAAAAUCUGAUAUUUAUUUUAGGCUGAUGGUUUUACUGUGGUUUGUUUCAUAACAAACAGUUUUCUCAUUACGAACCUAAUACUGAAAAUUAAGUUGUAGCAUUAGAAGUGGUUACAUUACCCACGGGAUUUGGUCUGCAUUAAGCAGUAGUGUGUUGUAAAAAGUUACAGUGCUUUGCUGCGAUAAAAAGCAGGCACUUUAUAACUAAUAUACUGUGUUGGUUUGUACAGACGCAUUGUGUAUUUAUUGAGUAUGUAAAUGAUUUAAUAGUGGCUAACUGCAGGAAAUAACAUUUUUGUAUUUCUUCAUUUUUUUUAACUUUUCUAACAAAGGCAGUUUUGUACGAAUGUUUAAAGUUCCAGCUGCUGACGAGAAUGUAUUUUAAGUUUCCCUCAGUGUAUAUUGUUUUUUUUUUCUUGAGAAUAAAAUGGAAGUAUAUAUUUGUUUUGUUGUAGGCCUUAUAUGUGCAGUAUAUAUUUUUUUACCUAUUAGACCAGCAGACCUUGUCACAUCUUUUAGUCCUCCUGUCUGGUUACACAAUCAGAAUGGGCUUGGUCCAUUUUUGGAAGAAGAUGAAAUGUCAUUUACUUCAUGCCACAGCAUUUAUCCACGUGGUGUUCUUAUCCUCUGCUGGUUCAUAACUGAAGCCAUGUCACUUCCCUGCUUAGUUUACUCAUCUCCUGAAUGGUGUAAAUAAAAUUAUUUAACUGUA